UGCAGCGUACUCGAUAACGACUGUCUGAAAAAUGUUAUGAUCAAGAAAAUUAAUAAUCCUGGUUUGCCUACAUUCAACGUUCUACCAUUUGACCCUAUCAAUUUGACUGACAUUACCGUUAAUUUUCCAAAUUUGGUUAAUGUUACAAUUAAUAAUGGCGUCUUAACGGGUGUCACGACUUGUGUUUUCCAAAGCUUCGCCAUCGAUUCAACGGAAGGAUUGGUAAAAGAACAACUGCUCUGCAAUAUGUCGUUGAGCGGUGACUACACGGCGGAUGCACCAAAUUCCGUAUUAACUGACUUCCAGACUGACGAAGACCUGCACGGGGAAGGGAAUGGAGGAAUUGAUAUCGUGAAUCUUUACUUGAAAAUUGAAGUGCCUCUCCACUUUGAAAAACGUAAUAACGAAACAUUCAUCGUCUGCUCGUAUGAUGAAGGAAAAUGGGACUUUGAAUUCCAGGGCUCGGUGGUCUUCUCCGCUGACAAUCUUUAUGUUGGUGACCAAAACAUAGCUUCCGACGUCGUCAGUUACCUAAAUGAGAAUUGGCAAGAUUCAUCAUUUGGUCAAGUAUACGUCGACGAGUACAUUAAGAUCUAUUUCGCGUACAGCAAGAGAUUUUUGGAGGGUGUGCCCACGAAAUAUUACAUCACCGACGACUUGACUUCCUACCUGUAAACUUUGACUAUUAAUAAAGAAUCGCAUGC